UUCUAAAAAAUAUUGUGGAGGAAUCGCCUGAGUUGCCACAAGGACACCUUUUGGAAACUAAAAGCAAUUUAAAUCAGGAAUCUAUUCUGCCGUCAAUAAAAAUUAAUGAGAAAAGUCAGUUAAAUAAUGAAAUAAUUUUAAAAGAUGUUACUAAUGAGUCGGCUGAACUACCACAAGAACUUCCUUCAGAGACUGGAACUAAUUUUUACCGGGAUUCUGAAUUGUUUGUACAAAUUCAAGAGGAAAAUAGGUUAAAUAAUGAAUUUGUUUUGAAAAAUGCUAUGGAAGAAUCGUCCGAACUUGCAAAAGGACAAUUUUUGGAAGCACUAUCCAACAUACACAAGGAAUUAGAUCCUGUACCAAUGCAAAUUCAAGAGGAAGGUCAGUUAAAUGUCGAAGUGGCUUUAAGGGAUAUCACUGAAGAUUCACCUGAAAUACAAGAACACCUUUCAGAAACUGGUAUCACUGAAGAUUCAUCUGAAAUACAAGAAAACCUUUUAGAGACUGAAGUCAAUUUGCAGCAGAUAUUAGAUCACCCAUUGAUACAAAUUCACGAGGAAAGUCAUUUUAGUGACAAAGAGGAUUUGACGUAUGUGGAGGAAACUUCGGAGCAAUCACAAGAACAUUCAGUAGCAAAAAUUAAUUUAAACCAACAACAAAAUAUUUCGUUAUCACAAGUCCAAGAGGAAAAUAAUUUGGAUGAUUAUAAAAUACUAGUAGUUUCGACGGAUACAAUAGAAGAAUCUGUUGAAAAGUCGACUGAACUACCACAAGAGCAUAUUUCAGAAAUCGAAACUAAUUUAAUACAGGAGCUGGAUCCUCCAUUAGCACAAGCCCCAAAAAUUCAUUUAAUUAAUGAAAAAACAAAUUCACUUUUGACAAACACAAUGGAAAGGUCCGAAGAAAAAUCAUCCUAUUCAUCAGAAAAGCAUAUUUCGAAAAUAAAAACUGAGUCAGACCAGAAAUUAGAUCCUUUAUUUAUACAACUUCAGGAAAGUCAGUUAAAUGAUGAUAAGAUCAUAACAGUUUUAUCGAAUGCCAUGGAAGAAUCACAAGAAAAAUCGGCAGAAUCACCUAAGGAGAACAUUUUUAAAAUAGAUGCUAAUUUAUACCAAAACGUAGACCUUCCCUUCACACAAAUUCAAGGAGAAAUUCAGUCGAAUGAUAUUAAAAAGGAAAAAAUUUUGGUUGACGUCACAAAAGAAUCUUCCGAACUAGUGCUUCCAGAAAUUGCGAAUCUUCCUCCGAUACAGCUUGAAGAAGAUUGGUUAAAUAAUACAGUAUUUUUUGAAAGUGAAGUGAUUCCGACAGAUGUGAAAGAAUCGAAUAAAGUCACGAUCAUAUUAGCAAAGAUGCUUCCCAAAGAAUAUGUUACGAAUGAAGAAAAGUCAGAUGGAUUGGUAGAAGCAGUUGAAACUAAUUUAAAUCAGGAGUCUGUUCCCGUGAUGGUAUCGGUCAAAGAAAUUCAAUUUGAUGUAGAUGAUACUAUAAGAAUGUCCGUAUUAACGAUUAUAGAACCUAAAAGUGAACUAACAGAUCUUCAGAAAAAUCCAAUAGUUUAA